CCUCCCGGCCCCGCCCCCCAACCCCUCCUCCUCCGCGGCCCGGGAGUGGCGUCAGCACGCCGGCCCCGCGUGGGGUUUAAAUGCCCACUAGCUGGAGGCCCGGCGCUUCUAUCUCGGAGCGCGGUGGCAGCUGGAGUUGCAGGGGUGGGAAGGGAGCGUGCGAGCGGGAUCCCGAGCCGCGGAGCACGCUGCCCCUCGCUCCGCCGCGGAUGACUUGGGAGCUCGGGUCCAAGUGCCGCCCAUGCAGCAUCCCUGCCCUCCGCCGCCCGAGAGUUGAUGAUAAAACACUUAACCGUCUCCGCUGCGGGAAGCCAUGAGCUGUCUGGAUGUUAUGUACCAAGUCUACGGUCCUCCCCAGCCUUACUUCGCAGCCGCCUACACCCCUUACCACCAGAAACUAGCCUAUUACUCCAAAAUGCAGGAAGCCCAGGAGUGCAACGCCAGCCCCAGCAACAGCAGCGGCAGUGGCAGCUCCUUCUCCAGCCAAACUCCGGCUAGUAUAAAAGAAGAAGAAGGCAGCCCAGAGAAAGAGCGCCCACCAGAGGCGGAGUACAUCAACUCCCGCUGCGUCCUUUUCACCUAUUUCCAGGGAGACAUCAGCUCUGUGGUGGACGAGCACUUCAGCCGGGCCCUGAGCCAGCCUAGCAGCUAUUCCCCAAGCUGUACAAGCAGCAAAGCCCCGCGGAGCUCUGGGCCCUGGCGGGACGGCUCCUUCCCGAUGAGCCAGCGCAGCUUCCCCGCCUCCUUCUGGAACAGCGCUUACCAGACGCCGGUGCCCGCGCCGCUGGGCAGCCCUCUGGCCGCCGCUCACUCGGAGCUGCCCUUCGCCGCUGCCGACCCCUACUCGCCGGCCGCGCUGCACGGCCACCUGCACCAGGGCGCGGCAGAGCCCUGGCACCACGCGCAUCCCCACCACGCGCAUUCGCACCACCCCUACGCGCUGGGCGGCGCCCUCGGCGCCCAGGCCGCCGCCUACCCGCGGCCCGCCGCCGUGCACGAGGUCUACGCGCCGCACUUCGACCCGCGCUACGGGCCGCUGCUGAUGCCCGCCGCCUCGGGGCGCCCGGCCCGCCUCGCUCCCGCGCCGGCCCCCGCGCCAGGCAGCCCGCCCUGUGAGCUCUCGGCCAAGGGCGAGCCGGCCGGCGCCACAUGGGCCGCGCCCGGGGGACCUUUCGCGAGCCCCACGGGGGACGUGGCCGGGGGCCUGGGCCUCAGCGUGGACUCAGGUAAGCGGGAGAGGGAACGUGGCAUCCCCGGGCCCCCCCUCCUGCCCUGUGCCCAAACCUGGGCUGAGGCCGGGACCCUACUUAGUUCUCCUUGGAGACCCCAGUGACCCUGAGGCCCGAAGGUCUGCAUGGCGGGGUUGUGUUUCAGCAGACAGAUGACCCUGUGUCAUCGGUGUGGGCAGAAUGAGAAAGUAGCUGGCUAAUAUUACAGAGGAUUUUUUUAAAAUAAAAUUUGUUGGAAAGGUUCUAGCUCUGUGCUGUUCAGUACUGUAGCCACCGGCCACAUGUGUCGGUUGAGCACGUGGAACGUGGCCAGGCCGAAUUGGGAUGUGCUGUAAGUGUAUGAUAUACACUGGAUUUCAGGACUUUGUCCCAAAAAGAAUGUAAAAUUCAUCUCACUGAUGUUUUACAUUGAUUACAUGUUGAAAUAUUUUCAACACAUUGCAUACUGACUAUAUUGGGUUAAAUAAAAUAUAUUACUAAGAUUAAGUCUCACCUGUUUGUUUUUUACUUUUUUUUCAAUGUGGCUGCCGGAAAAUUUAGAAUUAUGCCCAUGGCUCCCAUUGUGUUUCUGUUGGACAGCGCUGAUCUAGAGUGCCUGCUAAGAGCGUAGUUUAAAAUCCUCCACAACUUGGGGUUGGGGAGGGAGUCUUGUCACCUCUAGUGGUAGUUACAAGUCAUACAAAUAUGACUCAUGACUCUGAUAUCAACUUAAUUGUCAAAUUAAAUAGGUCUCUGGAAAACAUAAAACUUAACAAGAACACGAUUUUAGUGAUAAUAUUAAGUCCCUAGCUUGAAGAGUUGAAUUUGAAAGGUACAGUCAAAUAAGGGUUUACUUUUUUGUUUGCUUUAUUUUUAGGGCAAAUGAAAAAAAUAGUUAUAUAAUAAAUGCAAUCAUUGGCUCAUAGUCUUUCCCGCUCUCCCUUCCCUCAGGUGCAAAUUUGACACUUGUUUGCUUUGCUCUUACUUUCAUUCAUGCCCUUUAGAUGAAUUCUGUGACUUUCACAAUGAAACAGUGGUGUUUGUCUUUCUCUUUCUUUAAAUAGCUUGUGCCUUCCCUCCCCCACCCCCUUCUCUCUCCCUCUCUCUUUCUCUUCUCCCUCUCUUUCUCCCUUUUAUUUUCUCUCUGUUUUCAGGUUUGCAGCCUCAGGACAAAAGCAAGGAUCUGUACUGGUUUUAGACAACCCACCUUCUUCCCUGUAGGUCUCUGCAUAGCGCAAUUGGUGACACUCAGAGCUGAAAUCAAGUGGGUUUGUAACAGCUUCUGAUCUUGGUUUGCAGCUCGUCGUUAUUCCCUCUGUGGUGCAUCCCUCCUGAGCUGAUCUGCUGACCCAGGGUUUCCCCUUCCCUUUCCCUUCUGACCAGCCAUGGAGGCUGGCAUCUGUGCCUCUCACUUCAUGGAUGAGGACAUGGGGGAAUGCAGAGACUUCAAACUUCUCCGUGUAUUGGGAAAACCAGAACACACAUCGACAGAAUUUUCAUCUAAAAAUAAUUCCUUCUGCCAAAAGAGGAAAUCCAAAGACUCUGAAUGACGCUUAAUGACUUUUGGGCAAAUCACUGGAAAUAUCCAUGGUGAUCACUUAGGUGACAUGAUUCAUAGUUUUCUCGGAAAUAGGGAAAGAAAAAGAGAUGUUUUGGUGUGAAUAUUUUUUAUGCUGAUGUGAAUUAUUUCAUUAAGUAGUGUGAUCAUAGCACUGCAAUGUCAAUAUCCUCAGACUGAAAUGUAUUUGUAUUUGCAUCAAAGACUGUGGUAGAGAAGUCAAAAGAAGCCAAUUCCUUCUUCCUCACCUGUAGCCUCCAGCUCCUUUCCUGCCCACUCCCUCCCUACAACACCCACUCCAGACACAAAGACACACUUUCUUCUUCGGACUGUGAACGUGGAAGCCUCAGCCUGAAUGUGAGCGGCAAGUGGCGAAUCUGGAGCCACCUGCCCGAGUCUUACUGAAAUGCAGCUGUUGUAGGACAACUGUUUAAAACUCCAGAAAUACAUCGACCAAAGGGGGCACUUCCCAGUGUUUGGCACAGCAAUUGCAGUUGCACUGGAUAUGUUUUAUACGUGUGUGUGUGUGUAUAUAUCAUAUUUUUUACAAAGAACAUUUUAUGAUGAAAGAAGAAGCUCUCUCUGCCUUCUCUCCCACGAAUUCUGUCCCUCCCUCUAUCCUUCUUUGGGUGAAAAAAAGUAAGCAUCAAGAGGCCCCAGUUGUCUCCAAGAAGAAGAACUAGGAGUCACCACAAGGGGAAGAGAUGCCCAUGGAGUCUCUGGUACCUCGAAUAUUCUUCUCAGUCUCUGUGGUCAUGAUUUGGUCACUUUAGUGUUGGGACAGGGGAAGGGGUACACAUGUGGGCAAAACUGAAGGGGAUGAGGAAGAAGAAACGAACAUUAAAGAUGUUUGUUUACCACUA